AUGAUGAGUCAGAGAGAAGCGCCCUCCUUCUUCACUUCGGGAGGCCGUAUAGGCAUGCCAUGGCCAGUUCAUGUGCUCUCGUCAGGCAAUGGUCAGACUGCCGGUGAAGGGGAUACCAAUAGGUUCACCGAUAUCGGGCCUUAUAACAGAGGCCGUCCUACAACGGCUGGAGUCGCUGGUCUUGCAACACCACAGACCAAAAUUCUGGGUGCGGUCAUCAUCGAACGGGAUCAGGUGCUCAUGUUACAGGAAAGUGUCAGCAGCGUCUUCCCCGACAUCCAAUUAACGAUGGAGGAGGCAGAGAACAACCAGCUGGCCUUCCUUGAUGUCCUCGUGUAUCGAAAAGAUUGUGGUGGCCUUAAGGCUAAAGUAUCUACGAAAGCGUCAAACACGAUGCAUGUACUGAAUUACAGCGGCAAUCAGCCAUAA